GAGGUGAGGUGUGUCAGACGGGGAGGCGACGAACACACGAACCAGAAGCUGACAUCUCAGACUUGAUAAGAAAGCAUGUAGGUAUAAGCUCGGCAGCGGAGGGAAUAUUCAAUUCACCUUUUUUCUAUCCCCUUCUGAGACAUGUGGCUCUGGAUUUUCUUCCCUUUGGCCCUCUCGCUGACAUCCUUCAUCGGAACGUGGGCUGUAUAUGGCUUAGCCUACUCCAACCGACAUGUGUGCUCGCUCACGGACUGGUGGGGGGGGAACUUCUGCACUGUCAAUCACACUACUAACUGCUGUAAAGUGCCCACCAUAAGCACAAGUGGAGCCUACGCCCCGGAGAAUUCCCUUUUCACAGCGACCAUCAACGCCGGCUCCUUUCUGUUUUUGCUCUUCUGCAUAUUCCACCAUGCCCACAUCAUGGAAAGAAAUGCGCGCCAAGCCACCAUAAGCAGGUUUGCACUGGCGUUUGGCGUGGUGGCCUCCAUGGGAUCAUUUGCAGCCGGAAACUGUAACCCUGGGUACCUGACCCUGCUGCACCAUGCGGGGGCAGGGGUGAGCUUCAUGUGCAUCUGCUGCUACACGGUCCUGCUCACCGCACUGACUGGUAGAUGUCUGCUGACGGGAUACGAGAAAUUACUCUACCCGUUGCGCAUCGUGUUCACGAUGCUACAGAUCAUCUUGACUAUCUGCUACACUUUCUGCUUCGCCCACCAUGACUACUACUACGUGCACCUGUCGGCUGUUUUUGAGUGGAUCCUAAGCACCAACCUGGAGCUUUUCGAGCUCAGUUACAUCGUGGAAUUCUAUUUCUUCUCCACCUACAUGCUGUCCAAUCUGUACAGCCAACGCGAGGAGGAGAGACCCUUCAUGUUGAUCUGACUGAUGUACAAUUAUAACCACAAGGAGGCCGCACGGGUCCAGCCCGAAAACUGGUAGCCGGAACUUUGACUGUAUGAGAAUUUUCUCAUGGCUGACUAUUGAUGUCCAUGUUCAUUCAUGUCUAAACUCGCACUGUGAAGAUGACUCAUUUCGUAUUGAUGCCUUUAAUCCCUCGGAUGUCAAAAACAGAAAAAAACAAAACAAACCGAAAGCCCCAGGUUGCUAGGAUGUUGCAAACACCAUCCUUAGUGGAUGUCGUCAUCCUGCUCGUCAAGGUGUGGACAAAAAUCUGGAUGACAUCAAUGUGCUGAAACCAAACGCCCACUGUAUUGUGAGUGACAGGAUUUUUUUUUAUGUAAAGCAUGAGUCAUUCAAUACUAAGUGUACAGUGUGUGACAUCUUGGGAGUGACCCGUUACUCCUUUUUCAAGAUUCCAGUUGUUAACGGGCCGGUUUUGCAUUUUGGCUGGCGAGCAAACAUUUUAGGUAGAAUUGACAAUGAGUGAGGUUUGGCAAGAAUUCAGAAAAACAUCUUCAAGUCGUUUACUGCCACUCCCAGCUGUAUGCUAGCACAAUGCAAAACACCAUAGACAGGCUAAUGAAGCUAGCAUUAAAUGUUGGGUUGUUAGAGCUCUUUCAGCAACUGAUAUUGGACCAUAUAGAGUGCAGACAGAUAUAACAAUACUCACAGGCAUGAAGACACUUAGAACAACCUCUAUUGAAUUGAAGCAAAAUACGUUUGGAUUCAUUAACUUUCUAUUUCGUGCUGGAGUCUAUCUCAGCAGUCUUCGGGCGGUUAGGAAGAUACAGUACUGUAUACCCUGAACUGAAUUGGGCGCCAGCCAAUCGCAGGACACACAAAGGCGAAUAACAAUUCACUCAAAAUCACACCUCAGGACAAUUUAGAGCAAGGGUGCCCAACCUUUUUUGAACAAAGAUCAAUUUUACAAUCAAUCAACCUCCCGCGAUCGCGCAUACGCACGCAUGCUACGAUGAGUAAUAACCAUCAUAAAAGUUUGUGAAAAGCAAAUCACGACGUACCUUAGUAGAGACCUGUCGCGAAGGCAUGGGACAGCGUAUUCACGAUCGUAGCUCACGUGUACCGUUUUAAAAUGCUUCUCCGGGCACUCCAGAUUCCCAUUAUCUACCCGCGCCCUCAGUAAAUUGUAAAUGAAACACACUCUGAAUGAGAAUAAUAAUAUCAAUAACAGACGCAACAGCACUGAUCGAUAGCUGCACUUCCCAGACUGCUAACAGCUAACAACUUCCGGUGAUGCAGGUCACGCAGCACCGGUGCUUAAAAGUGACCUGCUUUUUUAAAAUUUCUUUUUAAAAUACUUUUAUGAAUGUGAGACUGAUAGGAUGCUGUUUACUAACACAAAAAUAUAUCAUAUUAAUAACACGUGUGCGUGUUAUUAACAGACAAAUGUUUUGGAUAGCCUCCCCCUCCCCCGCCAAUAUUUGAAUUGCAAGCGUGUUCAUUGAACUCUACAAACAUGUAACUCAUGUCACUUUAAAUACAAGAAGCACUGAACAACUUCAUCAAAUAUGUGCUGCUUAUCGAAACUGAACGUCUGGGCGUCCUGACAAAACUAACUGCAGCUCUGCCUACCUUUUGGUUUUAGUAUACAGCUUUCCAUAGGUGAUAGAUGACAUUUCAGACCGAGUAGUCUGGUCUCAUUUGAAAUUGUUAGGUGUGGGUCAACUACAUUUUCCAGACACGCCCAAAUGUGAUUAAACCAGUGAAUGUGAUAGCACUUUUGAGAUGCCUGCUGGUACUAUAAAGACAACAUAGGACA